AUGCCCGGCAAUUCACCCCCAAUCACACUCUCAACCCCCAGCUUCUUUUUUAAUACUCCGCUAGAUGCAAGUCAGGAGACCCUUACAGAAGCGACAGAUCUGCAGGAUACUUCCUUUGAUCUAUCGGCCGAAACAGCAACUGCCGGUGGUGGAACCGUGUCUUCGGCCGCCAAGACGGAGAAGAAGCGGCGCCGGCCGGCCCUCUCAUCUUCACGUGUCAAGAAAGGUACAGGUAAUGCUGGUAGUUCAGACUCAAACUCCCAGGUGCCGGCCAGGUCGGCCCCAGCCAUUGGGUCUACCCAGAGACAGUCUCCAUCAAACUCAUCUGCAAGACAGAAAUCCAGUAGCAUCCCGAGCUCAACAAUAGGAUCUAACUCAGAAGCCUCUACAGUUGACGCUCUGGCUGCGAGGGUCAAGGAGCUGGAGCAGAAGCUAGCCGAGUCUUGUUACAUCACACAACCGGGACAAGACCAGUUUAUAGAGCCCGACGAUCAGGAGGCGGAGUCGGCUCCUAUGAAGGGGACUGUCUCUAAGACGAGGUUCUUUGGUCAAAGCCACUGGAUGAACGGCAUACAUAUGUUCCCCGGUGUUUUUGAGAUGCUCAAAGAGGCAGAGACUCGCAAGAAUCAACACCACGCUGGUUUUGCCAAAUGUAAAGCUCUGGGUCGCGCCAUCAAAGCAAAUCGUUACAAAGCUGUGUCGACUGACAAGUUGGGCGAGAAUAUUCCUGAGCGCGGCCUUGCCGAUCAGCUCGUUAGUGCCUAUUUUGACACUUUCGAGGGUGUAGUCCGGAUUCUUCACCGUCCAACCUUCAUGUCCGAGUAUGAGCGAUACUGGCAGAAUCCUGAAGCCUCCAGUCAGGUUUUCCUGAUUCAGCUCCAGCUAUGUAUGGCUAUCGGGGCAACUCUUCACGAUGAUGUCUUCAGCUUGCGUGCGACUUCAAUGCAGUGGGUCCAUGAGGCCCAAAUCUGGCUUGUGAUACCACCUGAGAAGAGCAGAAUGACUAUCGCUGGUAUCCAGAUCAUGUGUAUGCUGGUCAUCGCCAAAGCGUGUUGUGCGAUUGGCCAGGACCUUACCUGGGUUUCGGCAGGCAGUCUGGUCAGACAGGCUAUGUACAUGGGAUUGCAUCGGGACCCAAGGCAUCUUGGUAACAUGUCCGUCUACCGUUCCGAGAUCCGUCGCCGCCUCUGGGCAACCAUCCUCGAGCUUAAUCUACAAUGCUCCUAUGAUGCUGGAGGGCCCCCUCUUCUCUCCUCGAAACACUACGAUACACGUUCCCCAGCAGAUUUGAACGAUGAUCAACUCACAGACGAGCCAGACUCUGAUAGAAAACCAACUGGUAAUCCCGAGACUCUGACUGACAUGUCAGUCCAGCUGGCCCUCCAAAAGUCCUUUGCUCUUCGCCUCAUCAUUAUCAAGCACGUCAACGAAUUUAGAUCCAAGGAGUCAUAUGCAGAGACACUCCGGCUGAACUCCGAACUCACAAAGGCAUGUCGCACAUUAACAGAGACACUCGCUGCUCUAUCAGAAGCCCAGAGGCACCAGCCGCGAACAAUCUUUACCCACUUCCACAGUUCUCUUGUUCAAAUGUUCACAUACCGUUGCUUCCUCUCUCUUCAUCAACCAAUGGUCGCCCGCUCCGCCUCCGAUCCAACCUACUACUACUCUCGCAAAGUAUUUCUCGACUCGUCUCUGAAGCUCGCGCAGAUCACUGGCCUAUCGACACCUCGUUACGGCACUUCUUCUCCUGGAGGCUCCCUGGACCCUGUAGUCAGCUUUAACCGCCUCAUCACAAACGGAGCGGGCGUCUUCCGUGUGAUCCCAACUCAAACGCUUUUCUCUGUUGCACUCGAAUUUAUCAAGAAGUCAGAGGAGCAGAAUGAUAGCCUCGGCGGCGGCCCUGUCAUGAACCUCUUUGAACUUCGCGCCGUUCUCCAAAGUGCGGAGACUUGGUUUGAGAGACGUAUACGUGCUGGAGAGACAGGCGUAAAAGGAUAUUGCUUCGUUGUUGUGUCUCUCGCCCUCGCCGAGGUCCUCGAAAUGGGACUACCGCAGGAAGACGUCGAUCAAGUAGUCGUUGAUACAGGCGCUAGUAUGAGUAUAAAAGCCUACGACUUGCUGAAAGAAGUCGCCGAGAGAGAAGGUUUAUCGCUUGACGAGCCUGAAGACGAAGAGGCUAUACACAUCGAUGUGCCAGCGAUUGAUAGCGAUGCCAUGCAGGGCAUUAUGGAGAUGCCUUUUGACUGGAUGGUAAUGGGUGGUGAUCUUGGUCUAGAUGGAAUGGGGACUUUCAACUGGGCUCGAGGUGGCAUGGGUAUGCCUCAGCAGUUUGACUCUGUCGAUCCAUCCGUUGUAUCACAAUUUUGA